AGUCUCCUCGGCGUCGCUGUUUACUUUUCUUCCUCUUUCGCUUCUGGAUUUUCAUCCGUUCAAAGUCCUUUAGAUUUAAAGAUAUCUGUGAAAGCGUGCAGAAAUUGUAGAUCGUCCCGCCGGAUCUCUCUAUAAAGAUCGAGAUGCCAGUUCUCGUUGUCGUCAGCUAUCUAAUUUCGUUCUAGGGGGUUUAUCUUUGAGAUCUGGGCUUAAAUUGACCUUUUGCGUCCAUAAUAUUCCCGGAGAUUACUUCGCUGUUGUUGAUCGGACAGAUAUAUAGGUAGAUAGAUAGAUAGAGAAAAGUUCAAUAAAAGAUGAGCCGACCACAUGAUGGACAGCGGAUCUUUUUCCACUUUGGAAAUCCUUUCCGGGUUACUGCUCACAAGGGUUCAUCAAGGCUUCUUGCCUUACUGAGUUCUUUUGAGCAAAACCUUGCAGAAAACAUGAGAAAACUUCGGCCUAAGGAAAUCUCAGAUGUGUUUUCUUUGUCUUGGACAAGACACGCUAUUAAAUCCAUAUCAGAGGUCCACACUAACAUUAAGGCAUUAAUAAUGGAACUUCAAUUCCCUGUUUCUGAUUGGGAUGAGAAUUGGAUUGAUAUGUACUUGGACAGCAGCGUGAAGGUGCUUGACAUUUGCAAUGCAUUGAGCGCUGAGCUUACCCGACUUGAUCAAAGCAAUCUUUUGCUUCGAUAUGUGCUGCAUAUCUUGGACAUCUCGACUAGUGUUCCUUCAUCUGAACAAUUGAGGAGAGCCCAUGUAUCACUUGAUGAUUGGCUAAAACAGACAAACUCUACAAGUCACAAGCUAGAAAGUUGUCAUGCCAUCUUGCAGACUCUUCAAGCCACUCUUUGUUUGUCAAAGGUCAAAAAUUCUGCCAAAGGGAGGGUGCUAAUGAGAGCCCUCUAUGGAGUCGAGGUCAUGACCCUAUUCACCUGCAGUGUCAUUGCAGCACUACUGACGGGUUGCUCAAAGCCCUUGAUGGACAUGCAUGUAGCUGAUGGGUUCUUAUGGCUAGAAGCGUUUAACGAUUUGCAAUCUUUGUUGAAUCAGGAAAUUAGGAGUCAGUUGCAGAGUGGAAAAGUUAGGAUAUUGAAAGAGAUGGAAGCACUCAAAAUGAAUGCACUGAUGUUCCAUUCUUUAACAAAUGGAAUUGACUACAAGGAAGAACCGAGACAGCCGAGCAUUGACCUUGACAAAGACAAGUUGAACACACCAAGAGAGUCCUAUAAAGAAGAACCAGCACAGCUAAGCAUUGACCUUAACAAGGAUGAAAUGGACACACCAAGAAACGAUGCUGACUCCCAAGGUAGGCGAAGGUUGCAAGAAUGCAUGAGAGCUUUGACAGAUGGAGGGAAGGUAUUUGGCCAUGAGCUAGAUUCCCUCUCACAACAAGUCAAUGACUUAUUUCAGGUUUUACUAACUGGACGUGAUGCUUUACUUUGUAAUCUCAGAACAUCUAGCAUGACAAAAAACAGCAAACUUGAUGUGGUGAGGCUGUAACCUGGAUUACUCUAUGAAUUCCAAUGUCAUGAUUGUGUUUCCCAGUGUAUAAAAAUGUGACUGGAUAAUAUUAUGUGCA